GAAUUCUAAUGUUGAUGGUAAAUAGAAGAGUGUCGGAGGUGGCCUUAUUACGGAGUAAAUGUUUAAUAUCACGUUAUAAGCUUUUGCUGGGGAUUGUCAACGCAAUAUUUUGUGGACGGAAGGCCUAAUAUUCGCAUAUGAUCUACAUCUACCCUAAGGCAGGAUCAUGGGGGAAAUAGAGUUGGGAGCAGCUGCAGAGGCCACCAUCAUGGCCUACAAAGAACUGGCUUCUGAUCCUGGCAAGCGAUUAGCACUAGCAUUGGAUCGUACGUGUAUCCAAUUUUUGGCAUAUGUUGUGGCGGAAGGAGAAGGGUCAUUGGUGAAGGCCGCAAUAGAAACAUUAUCCCUUAUUGCACAAGCUAUAGAAUGCAGACAAUCAUUAGCAAACACUUUUGGUGUACUUGAAUCACUGCAAGCAGUUACAGAGGAUGAAGAAUGUUACAGUGAUGAAUUACGUGAUGAAGCAGCAGCUCUUUUUACAAGCCUCCAGUAUGCUCGUUAUAUGAAAAAGUCUCGCAGUCCCCAGACUCCAACUGCUAGCUCUAAACCAGAACAAGAGACAAAAAAAACAGACGAUGUAGACAGUGCACCAAAGAAAAGCCCUAUUGAUGAAAGCUCCUCUGUAAAUACUUCCCAAAUGAACAAAGACUGUGUAGAGAAGCCCCCACAAAGAACAGACAGUGUUGAAAGCAAAAGUUCAGAAGGAUCCCCAAAGAAAACUGGAGACACUGAGGGAUCUCCGAAGAAAGCAGACUCAGCAAGAAGCAGCAUCGGCAGUAGAUCUCUCUCUACAGAUGAAGAGCUUUCCAGACUUGAGAAAAAAAUGCGUCAGCCUACUGAAAUGAAAGGUGGCUUUUUGGGACCAAACAAUUCUAAAGCAAAGAUUGUCACUCUUUUCAUCAAAGGAAUGGUUGCCCCUGAACACCGUAAACAGGUUGAAGAGGAACUGGUCAGGGUCCGCGGACUUAUUAGCAUUGUGUUUGACUUAGGACGUUCCCGGGUCACUUGCAGAGUGAAACGGGAUCUCUCUGUUGACAAACUUGCAGCUGCUGUUGCCCGCACUGAGAGUCUGUCUGCUCAACAGGUUACUACUAAUGCAAAUGGGGAAGAGGAAAUUCUCCCUCUUGGCAGCGGAUCUUCAGACAUGACAUCUCCAGUUGAUGAUCUCCCAGAUUAUUUACCAGAGGACGACAUAGUGGUCAAAGAUUCCAAGUCGGCCAUGGCUCCUUCAGGCUCCUUCAAAGAAACUGCUUCCUCUUGGUUUGCCACAGCCUCCAACCUCCUCCAGAAGUCCUUCUACUGGUGACCGUGUGUCAUCCUCACUUAGUCCAAUAUUUAUUCGAAUAAGCUGGAGAUAUAACUGGAGUUUGUCGGGGUUACUGAUAUAUGGAGAGAGAAUGAUUUGAUUGUUAAGGAAAAUUGUUUUGAAGCUGAACAUGCAAAUGUACUACAUGGUGGUCUUCUGGUGUGCAGGAGUAUAGAUUUUUAUGGAAUAUUUAAUACUGAAGUUGCUAUGCUACAGGGAGGGUGCUAUAGGAAUUGUAUUUCAUGGUGCACAAGACUAGUGUUGGGCUAGAAUGAGAUGGUUAAUAUGCUCUGAUAUUUAAACAGGAUAUAUAAUCACACAACAUAUCAGUGUUUCUUUGUUAUUCUUUUUUUAUUCAAGGGGAAAUUUCUUUAUUAUCAGAGUCCAGUGUUUCUUAUUCACAUUUUAUUCAAAGGGAGACUUCACUGUAUUAUCAGAGUCUAGCUAGUGUGUCUGCUUAACAGCUGCUUUCCUCAUGUUUUAAUGUGAUAUUUUCCUGAAUUGAAAUGAGUCUUUGAAUAUGUGAUGUCAGUUAUACAGUGUUAUUUAUUUCCUAUGGAGAGACAAAAUGCAUAUAUAUAGAAUGUGGAUUAACCAUUACAUUUUGCAUUUUGAGUGAGGCAAUUAAAUACCGUCAAUGGUGUAACUUCUGCAGCUUAACCAAUACUCUGUGCUGUUUUACUUGAUAUUAAUUUCCCUUUUAGCUUGUACACAAAUUGUCACUACAUUUACAGAUUAAAAUCUGAAAUAGCAGCCCAGUAUUAGCCACCAAUGCUUUCAGUAUUGUUAGACAUGUAUAGCAAACUGUUAAGGCACUGAGUGCUUGUUAUUCUUGAUAAAGCUUUGAUAUAUAGACAGAAUUAUGAAAAAGCUGUAUGUUUUUGUAAAUAUGUUUAGAACAUUAUAAUAGGCUUUAAGCUUGUAUCACCUUGUACUAAAUGUAAUCAUUCCUUAGGUAGCCAAACAUAAGCAAAGGUAUAGGAUGUAGUGGCCAGAGUUACUGAUUGUUGAGUUGGUAACAUUUUCCACAGCCAAUAUUUAGUUGUUUAUUGAGACAUGGUCUGCAGUGUUUCUGUUUAUGAAAGAUUAUUAAAAGUAUUUUUUUUAUAAGUAAGAAAACAAACUUUGUGUUUUUCAUGUGCCUAAAUACGUGGUAAGUCGAUAUUGAUAAUGUUGCCCGUCCUUCUUCAAACAUAAUGUAGCUAUCAAAUAAUCUUACUGUCAUUUUUUCUAUAAUAUUGGUUUUCCUUGAAUUGUUAUUUUUAUAUUGAUAUAUAAUUGCUGUUUCAGGUAACAUUCAUUUGACAAGUGAUUUAAAAAUUGAAAAAGGGAUUUUUUCUUUCUUUCUUUUUUUUGCUGUGGAGUUAUGUCUUGUGUCUGCCAAAUGUGAAGUGGAUUUAAAUGAUAAUGAAUGUAUAUUUUUGUAACUAGGAUGUAUGGCUACAGUUGAUAGUGUAUUUCCAUAGUUUGCUGGAGAAAUAUGUCUUGUUGUCCUCCAUAUAUUUUGCAAAGAUAGUACCCAAUUGGACCUUUGCAGUAUAAUCUUUAAUAGUUUAUUGUUGAAACCUUUAUGAAGGGUUCUUUGUAUUAUGGGCAACCUCUGAGUUGACAGUUUAUAUUGCAAUAGUUACAAGUCAAAUCUCAUACUUUACCAAAGGUAGAGACAAUGUUAAUUCCACACUAGAUGAUGCAGUGUUUGCACAUUCCAUGUAGUAGCUUCAGAAAAAAUAUAAUGUAAAUAGUGUCAACUUUCAUUACACUUCAGUUUGUAAUUCAUUGUUACCUUGUCCAUCCAUGUGAUCAAAUACCAUAGAAAGUUACCAAUGUUAUCAAGAUGUGUUAAUUGCAGUAGCUCGCACAUCCAGGUGUUGCAUUAUCAUAGAUUGGCCAUAAAAAAUUCAAUGCAGUGAAAUAUCUGACAGAGAGGCAAGCUCAAAUAGUUCUGAUAAAAUGAGAAGGCAGUAAAAAGACUGGGGAGUAAUGUGGUACCUCCUCAUGGCAAACCGGUACAAGAAUAUGAGAGAUUGGAUAAAGGUUUUACUUUUCAGUGUUAUAUCAUCUCCAUUUGAAGAUGAGAUAUGCAUCACACACAUCUAUAUAUCUUUUAAUGUUCUUGUUCUUAUUCUAUUAUCAUUAUCAUCCUUAUUAGGUAAGUUUUCACAUAACUGAUUGUGACGAUUUUGGUAUCGAUGGAUUCCUCUCACCCUCUUAUUACAGAUAUGUGUGAUGAAAUUAUGCUGUGGAACUCCCCAAACUCUAACAUUCUUGGCCCCGAUAGCAAGGAGGGGCAUGACAGGUACUAGGGAAAUUGCGGGAUAAACUAACAAUAAUAUAAUAAUAUAAUGCAGUUAAUACCUCACUAUGCUACUGAAUUCUGGGGGCUCCACCCCCUGCGACCUCUCCUUACCCCCACCCAGGGAAACAAACAAUCCUCCACAUAUGCAUAGCAGGAGAGUGUGUCAGACAGACCCAGCAUCAGGUGCUCUGGUAUGGAAGUCGUUUGCUUUACCAUGCUGUUUAUGUGUGGAAGAUUCUUUGUCUUCCAUUAUGGGGGUUGGGGGCUACUGCCCUCAGGAGGGGUUUGCAGGGGCUGUGCCUCCUGCAUUUAAUAAUGUAGUGACUGAUUCUGUGUAUAUAAUCCAUAUUUUACCCCACAAUUUCCCAGGUACCUUUCAUGCCCUCCCUGCUAUUGAGGCCAAGAUUGUCACUUAUGAAGGAGUUUUUAUGGCAUAAUUUCAAUAUGUUUUGAUAGCAGAGAGUGAGAGGAAUCCAUUGAUACUAAAAUUGUUGCAAUUGGCUCUAUGAAGGUAUUCUGAAAAAUUAUCCAUGAUAACUACAACAACGAUGACAAAUAACGAGUGAUGAAUGACAUGAUUAUGAUUAUGAUAAUAUAAUUAUAAUUAUAAUGAUUUUUAUGAUGAUGAUUGCUCAAAAAAUUACAGUCUGACAUUUGACAUGGUGUUUGUUAUUAACAGGUAGCAAACUUUGAUAAUAAAUUUUAAAGGAUG